AGUAUGUAAUCAUCAAACCCCUACCUGCAUAUAUGCCAGGUUUAAAAAGCAACAGACUUUUUAACCCUUUCCUUAUGGACUUCCUUUGAUUCGCCUUUAAAGCUUUUAGUUGCUAAAAAUUGAAUGAAAACAAGUCGACUUUGACUUGAAAUAAGGAGAGGCGAAGCGUGACAGAAAUCUGUAACUGUAACGAACUGUCAUCCAAUUUAAUACUUAUUCCCCACCAACGAAAACUUUGCUAAAACAAAACCUUUAACACAAGUCUUCAACUGUUUCAAACAAACUUUUUCGUUUACUUCUUGUGCUCUCCAUUGGGUUCGUCAUACAUAAUUAUGACAUAAGUGUGACUCACCCACCACGGUGCCGUAGUUCAUAAUAGUAGCUCAAAACCGAUCCUGUGAGAGAGUGCUACCGAUUUGGGACAACGAGUCACAACCUUCUCGCUUGUGCCUAGUUCAUUGCAUACGACUAAAUUGACCAUUAAUUAAAAUAGUGACUUGAAAAUGGCGGGAAACGGGAGUGGGACGUUUAUGUCGCGAGUACCCUAUGCAACACUGGUGGCAACGAUCAUGUGUCUGGCUGGCGUUGGAGUAUUUUGUGGGACAAUGUACAGGGGCGUGGCUCUAUCGAGACAAAUGUUCACAGAAGUUUUUCACUUCCGCGUGGACUGGUUGGACGCCGUGCAGCUGACCUUCGUCAUUGUGGGAGGGUGCAUGGGAGCUCUGGGUGUUAUGAUCCUCUUCGUGGGCUGUCUCACCACGGGGGAAACUCGACGCACGGUGUACAAAGCAUGGAAAGCACGCGUUGGGGGAAGAAUCACAUGCGCCAUUUUUAUGGUCAUCACAUACAUUUUGGAAGUUGCAUGGCUCCUCAUGUUCUGUUUUUUGACGAUUGUGACUGCGACUUUCUCCAUCUUUUGGUCUCUUUGUGCGCACAAAAAACAACCUUACGAUCAAGAAAACUGCAUCGAUUUUCAACAAUUUGACUUUCUGUUUCCGAAUAAUACGAGGGUGGAUGACAUGAAAAUUUGUGAAACCCAUGAGAUAAAACUCUUCUGCAAGGAUUAUGUGGAAAGGGCCGAGGUCAUGUUCAUUUUAGCAACCGUUGCAUGCGCCCUGGUCAUUAUGAGCCUGAUUCACUAUUUGAUGUGCCUAUCUGCAAAUUAUGCUCACAUUAAGGACCAUGAGAAACUCCAAGAUUUUCAAGAACUGCAGUACUUUACUUCCGGGGAUGAAAUGACUGCGUUGGCGAGCAAAGACCGUUAUUAAACAUAGUCCAUCAACGAUCUCGGCACAAUACGUCCAAUUCUGUUCAAAACUACGAACAAAACCCAUGACACAACCGGACUUUUUACGAAAACUUUACGCAUUAGUUAGUGUUUGAGAGAGGGUGAUUCUAUACUUUAUCUAGUAAAGUAAGCAUUUUCCUAUUUCACAUACAAAACAUGUGAACGCUAUGCAUACAUAUGACAUGUGGGUAAACCAUAACUAAAGGAUAUUUAUAAUUUAAUUUAAUUUAUGACGUUCCGUUCCAGUGAUUUUAUACCGUAACAAUUUUAUACAGAAAGUAAUUAUUGCAACAAUUGUGUUAAUGAUACAACACAACUUUGUUCAUCGUUUAUUCAAUAAAAUAUUUAAUAAAAUUACAAAAAUUCAA